AUGUUUUUUCUAGUUCUGAAGUUACUGACCUUUUGCGGUAUUUCAUCCGCUGCUCUUUACGCGUAUCCAAAAUCACAGAAAAUUAUCGAAACUUUGAUGCCGGAAAAGCACUGGACCAGUAUCCGUGAAUGUCCGAUGCGGUAUUUCGAUAAUGGCUUCAGAGAAGAAGUUGCGCCCCUGAAUGGGAGUCCAGCGGAGGAACGAGAUUUCGCGCAUAUGGCAGCAAUUGGUUGGCUAGACGAGAAAAGUGGGAAUAUUUCGUGGAAUUGUGGCGGAUCUUUGAUUUCGGAAAAUUUUGUUCUUACGGCAGCGCAUUGUACGCAAUGGAAGGGAAGGCAGCCUAAAGUUGUCAGAUUGGGUGACUUGAAUUUGGAGAGUAAGGAAGGCGAUGAAAACGCGCAGGAAUAUUUGGUGGAGGAAAUUUUUGUGCAUCCGAAUUAUACAAGUCGUCUCCAUUAUAAUGAUAUUGCCCUGUUGAAGCUUAAUGCGAGUGUUCGCAUCACGACAACAAUCACUCCCGCCUGCCUCUGGACCUUUCCCUUCGUGAAAUUCAAAACGCUCGAAGCUGCUGGCUACGGUCAAACCUCCUACCUUGGCGACUCGACGCCGCGUCUCCUCAAAGUCGAACUAAAUUCCCUGUCUGACGACGAUUGCCAGCAAUUUUACGAGAAAAGUCGAAAACUGCCCAAAGGAAUUAUCGCGUCCCAAUUUUGUGCCAUCGACAAAAGUGAUCGCAACAUGGAUUUGUGUCUUGGGGACUCUGGCGGCCCGAUCCAGAAGAAAAUUCUAGCAAAUGGGCGCAUGACUCCGUUCGUCGUUGGCGUAACUUCGUUUGGAAGAGCUUGCGGAAAUGAGUCGCCUGGAGUUUAUACUCGAGUUUUUUCCUACGCUGAAUGGAUUGAAAAUGUUCUGCAGACAAAUCUCGAUCCACUGGAUUGUGCUGUGAAAUAUGCUAAAUAUCGCGAAUUUGAAGAUGAGAUAAUUGUCCUGAAGCAAAAACGUAAAAAUGGAUUUUGGGUGAAUUAUGACUUGUCGAGGGCGCACGUUGAUGUCUACACGCAAAAUUCGAAGCAUCGUGUGGCAAUUUUGGGUGAUGAGAAGGAAGCGAUGGAAUGCGGUGGAGUGAUUUUAACGGAAAAUUUCGUUCUUACGUUGAGUGAUUGUGUUGAAGGAAAAAAAGGAUUGGCAGUCUUCCUUGAAAACCCAGAGACAGCAAUUGAUGUAAAAUCGGUAUAUCAAAGAAAUUUGAAGGAUUUAACGGCGGACAGAGAUAUUGCUUUGCUGGAAUUAAAAACUCCUAUUCAAUUCUCCGACACCGUUCAUCCAGUUUGUUUGUGGCCCGACGAGCAAAUCCCUGCUGACAUGGAACUCGAAAUCAAUGGUUUUGGAAAUCGUUUCUACCAUAAUAUCUACUACGAUGCUUCUGAUGCCUCUGGAUUCGGUUUAAUCAGUGUUCGAGCAAAGCCUUUUAAUAAUUCCGACUGCAAUUCCGAAAAUGAACUUUGUUACGGCAAUCCGGAUCUCCAUAUUUUACCAAAUUCGUGUGAACUUGACAUCGGUGGAGCCUUGGAGAGAAAAUUUUAUCCCUUUACAUACAAAUUUUUCCCUUAUGUCAUGGGAAUUAAUGCUUUUGGUGGCGAUUGUGGCUUUGGACAACCUUCGGUAGCGGUCAAAGUUGCAAAAGCCAUCGAUUGGAUCGAUAGUAUUAUUUUCAAAAAAGCUAAAAAAGAGAAGGAAGUUAAUGAAAAUCGAUUCAAAAGAGAUUUGCCACUGUUAAAAGCUUAUAACGAGUCGCACCAUUUCGAGUUAGAGGACUGCCCACACAUUUACGAAAGAUAUCGCAAGCAAUCUGGAAACAUUUUUCACUUUGGUGACAUGCCAAUUUAUGAACAUGUUGCUUUUAUCAUGGAUCGAGCUCAAUAUCAGCCGUGUCAUGGCGUACUAAUUACGAAUCAACAUGUGCUGGCAGGUUAUUCAUGCUUGUAUAAUCCUCGAAAUCAUCCUUUUGACUUUAUUCCGGAAUUAGUGCAAAUAAGGAACGAAAUUCGAUCAAUAAUUGACGUUAAACAUCAUGAAAAUCGGAUUUCUUUGUUCAAAUUGAAUGCAACGAUCGAUUUAUCACACAAUAUCAUUCCCGCCUGUUUAUGGCUCGACAAGGACGCCACACCGUUCGAACUAACAAUUCUCCGUCCCGGUUACGACGAAUCCGAGACAUCUUACAUCCCCGUCAGACCCUAUCAGAACAACAUUUGCAAGCACAUGCGAAACGAUUCGGCCCAAAACCUGCUUGAACGUGAAAAUUACGGAUGUUUGUCCUUCAUUUACGGCAAAAGUUCUUGCGAUUUCGAGGAUAAUCGAGUAAUUGUUCAAGCCAUCCGCAACAUUAGCGAGAAAAUUGUUCCAUUUAUCGUGGGCGUUAUUGACACAAAUGCCGAAUGUGUGGAAAAGAAGCCUAUUCUGUACACGAGAAUCGCCUAUGACAUCGACUGGAUCCGAGAAAAUAUUUAA